CCAGAGCUUCAGUAGAGACACAGACACAGACACACACAGAGACCCUUCACUGCUGCGGAGCAACAGAACCCUCUCUCUCCCUCUCUCCCGUAAACUGUUAUGACGUGUCGUGACUCCGCCUCCUCCUCCGCCGCGUCACGACACUCUGCGCCUGAACCCGGCUGCUGCGGAUGGAUCCGCUGCACGGCGACCCGAUGAGGACCUAGGAACCUAGGAACCGAGGACCCGAGGACCCGAGGAAGGAAGCACCGAGGACCUGGGACUAAGUACUGUCCGGCACCGGCGCCCAGGUGAGCCCAGACACCAUGGCUGGAGACGACCAUUACCUUAAUACUACCCACCAGAUGUUCGACAACAUCAUAAUGGAUCCGCUGUGGGACAUGCAAAAUUUCCACGUGAUGUCUCAGACCACGUCCAUGCGGACAGUGGACGGACCGUACCUGCAGAUCGUGGAGCAGCCAAAACAGCGUGGCUUCAGGUUCAGGUACGGCUGUGAAGGUCCGUCUCACGGCGGUUUACCAGGAGCCUCCAGCGAGAAGAACAGCAAGACCUACCCCGCCGUCAAGAUCAGUAACUACCAGGGUCCGGCCCGGGUGGUGGUCCAGCUGGUGACGGCGCUGACCCAGCAGCCUCAGCUUCACGCUCACAGUCUGGUGGGAAAACAGUGCGACAAAGGGAUCUGCAUCACGGACCUGCAGCCCAAAGACUCCAACAUCAGUUUCCCCAACCUGGGCAUCCUCCAUGUGACCAAGAAGAACGUGGCCAAGACCCUGGAGGAGAGGAUGGUGGAGGCCUUCAGGAUGGGAUACAACUGUGGCGUCUUCAUCCACCCCGACAUCGACGCCCUGCAGGGGGAAGUCCGGGUCGCCCGAGACCUCAGCGACCACCAGCGCAGUGUGAUCAGCAGCGCGGCGUCCCUCCAGGCUAAAGAGAUGGACCUCAGCGUGGUUCGGCUCAUGUUCACCGCGUUCCUCCCAAACAGUGACGGAGGUUUCUCCAGACGACUGGAGCCCGUCGUGUCUGAACCGAUCUACGACAGCAAGGCUCCGAACGCCUCCAACCUGAAGAUCGUGAGGAUGGAUCGAACCGCCGGCUGUGUGAGCGGAGGAGAGGAGGUCUACCUGCUCUGUGACAAAGUCCAGAAAGAUGACAUCCAGGUUCGGUUCUAUGAAGAAGACGACUCGGGGGUGACCUGGGAGGCUCUGGGAGAUUUCUCCCCUACAGACGUCCACAGACAGUUCGCCAUCGUGUUCAAGACUCCGAAGUAUCGAGACCAGAACCUUCUGAAACCCACGUCUGUGUUCGUCCAGCUGAAGAGGAAGUCCGACAACGAGACCAGCGAACCCAAACCCUUCACCUACCACCCUCAGAUCAUAGACAAGGAGGAGGUGCAGAGGAAGAGACAGAAGACGUUGCCAAACUUCCAGGACUUCAGCGGCCAUGGAGGAGGUGGAGGUCUGUACCGAGGAGGAGGUGGAGGAGGUCCUGCUGCAGGAGGAGGACCUGGUUCUGCAGGAGGUGGAGGAGGAGGUUACUUCCAGGGCUUCACCACCUACAACUAUGGCGGAGCGGGAGGAGGAGGAGGAGGAGGAGGAGUAGGAGGAGGUGGAGGAUUCUCCACAGGAUACUCAGCUGCUCUGGGAGGAGGAGGCAUCAAACACGCCUCUGAGGGCGACGCAGCAGACGACAGCGAUCCAGACGAUGACUCGGGGUCGGGGGUCGUGCUCAGAGCUGUAGCCCAGCCAGGAGGCCUGGAGGAGGGGGAGAGGACUGAGGAGGGAGGGGUCAGCGUGGAGGAGCCAGAACCACACGGAGAUGAGCGGUUGGUUCAGGCGACCAGCAGACAGUUGGAGGCUUUGUUUCAGUACUCGGUCACCGGAGACUCUGCGUAUCUGUUGGCUGCACAGCGUCAGCUGAUGACGGCGCAGGACGAAGACGGAGACACUGGGCUCCACCUGGCGGUUCUCCACAGCCAGCAUGAGGCGCUGAAGAGUCUGACUCAGGUCGUCUUUGCUCUGCCUGGAGAGGAAGUGCUCAACAUGAGGAACCACCUCUACCAGACUCCUUUGCACCUGGCCGUGAUCACCCAGCAGAGGGAGGCGGUUGAAGCGCUGCUAUUGGCCGGCGCCGACCCAACUCUGACGGAUCGUCAUGGCAACACGGCGCUCCACCUGGCGUCCUGGCUGGAAGGAGGAGGAGGAGGGAUGGUCCAGUUUCUACUGCAGCAUGAAGAGAUGAGAGAGCUGCUGGACCACACCAACACAGCAGGUCUGUGUGCGAUCCACCUGGCGGUCCUGGCCAAUCAGCUGCCUUCUCUCAGGGAGCUGCUGGAGGGCGGGGCUAACGUGGAGGCUCAGGAGCGAAGCUGUGGACGGACCGCCCUCCACCUCGCCACCGAGAUCGACAACGUGUCGCUGGCCGGCUGCCUGCUGCUGGAGGGAAACGCUAAGGUGGACUGCUUCACCUUCAACGGCUCCACCCCCCUCCACAUCGCUGCAGGACGAGGCUCCCUCAAGCUGACGGCUCUCCUGAUGGCUGCAGGAGCCGACCCUCAGAAGGAGAACUUUGAGCCGCUGUUCUUCAGGGAGGAGGACUGCUGUGAUGAGGAGAAGGAGGUGGAGGAUGAAGAUGAAGGCUACAUCCCAGGAACCACUCCUCUCAACAUGGCCGCCACCACUCAGGUGUUGGAGCUUCUGAAUGGAAAAGAAUAUGAACCCAGAUAUCCACAGACAACCUUCACACCUUCUCAAGGUGACCUGGUGAACCUGGACGUGGAGGUGAAGCAGCAGGUGUGUCGCGCUCUGGAGAGUGAAGGAUGCUGGGAAAACCUGGCUCACAGUCUGGGUCUCGGGAUCCUCAACACGGCCUUCAGGCUGAGCCCCUCCCCCGCCAAAACACUGCUGGACAGCUACGAGGUUUCAGGUGGGACGGUCAGGGACCUGCUGGCUGGUCUCAGGUCAGUCGGUGAGUGCAGAGCUCUGAGCGUCCUGAUGGAGGCGCUGCGUUGCCAUGACGACGAGGAGAUGCAGGCGACCAACCAGACGAGUGGUCAGUCUCUGGUUCGGGAUCUGAAGGCGGACGUUCGGAUCGACAGCGGGGUCUGUGACAGCGGGGUGGAGCUAUCCACAGCGUGACCGCCUGAUCAGUCCGUCCCCCGGCAAUCCAUUUAACCCGACGUGAUUAAUCCAUUAACCGAUCGCUCCGACAGUUUUCAGGGCUGAAUGUUUCUCAUCACAUUUAGAGUUUACUAAACAAAAAAAAACAUGUUUUUAAAGAAACGAAAAGCUAAAUAUUUAGUUUGAUGGUUUUCAGCCCACACUACACUCCAACAGCUCUACCAAAGAAUGUAAACGUGUGUUUUGUUCAUCUACACCCAAAAAAAGAAAUGCAACCAGAGUCCCUCAAAUAUCACGCAGUAGAAAAAAAAGUAUUGAUUUGAUUUUUUUUUUUGAUAUUUGGAGUCGUGUUCUGUUGGCAUACUGUUUUUCUCUACAGCAGACGUGUACUGUCUGUAGGGGAAAGGUGCUAUUGAUACUGAAAUGAUUGUAAAGAUGUUAAUUUACCCCGAAAGGAUCGGUUCAGAUUGUUUCAAACCUGUCUUAAUAUAACGCUCACGUGAAGAAUGAUUCCUCCUGUUCAUGCUGGAUGUGAAAAGAUCUCUUCAAACAAAAUGUGAUUAACAGUCAUCUGAAGAUGCAGCUCUUUGUUUGUUCCAGAAGUCCUGUUUGAGUUAAAGAUUUAUGAGUUCUUCAAACGCUAAAACACGAGAUGUUACGACUCUUCAACUCUCGUGACGAUCAGGAGAUAAACUGAAGUAAAACAGCGUUCACGUUAAGUUAAUCCACCAGGAGAUUUGAGCUCACGUCCGUCCGGCUUCUUACAAAUGAAUGAGAGGUCAGAGGUCAGUCUCAACACAUGUCAAACACAUGUUUUCCUCAAGUCUCAUGUUAACCAACAGGAUGCAGAAACUCUGGGAAGUUACUGCUUCCCGCCAAGAAAAUACACAUAAACCUGUAAAACCACAAGGUGUUGUUUUAAAACUUUGUUUUUUUUACGGUUUAAAUAAAGGAGAGAGAACGUGUUAAUAUGUGAUCUUUAGAGGUGCUGGUGGGUGGUCAGACUAGCCAGUUUUUAUGCUAAGCUAAUGAGCUAAUUUCGUCAGAUGUCAAAACAGUUUUUUUUAGGGUCAAAUUAUCAUUGCUGUGUUUUCGUAGACGCCACAGUUUACACGAUGAAUUUAUGAUAGAUAACCUGGAUCCUCGCCAUCAGCUGCAAACACUUCUGGUUUUGUUUGGUAUCUUUACUGAAUCAGACCUGGAGACGGGGAAGAUAGCGGUUUGAAAAUGAUGAUGCGACCGAUUCUUUGUGAAGUCUCCUCCUGAGUGUCCACUUUGUUAGGAACAACUGUACCAUCUAAGUUAAAGGAGGUGUUGCACUGUGUUCUUUAAUAUUUUAAUAUAAUUCAGUACAACUUUACCAAGUUAAUUUAAUUAACAUGUUUCUGUUCACAUCAACAAACAUUAUAAAGUUUGUACUGUUGAGCUGCAUUAGAUUGCACAGGUGUAACUUAUAAAAUACAUAAAGUUUAUUUCGUAUGCUGUUUUGAAGAGAACAGGAGGAAUCAUGACAAACAAACAUGUGAAUAUUGUAUUCAGACAGAUUUGAAAAACAGUGAAACUCCUUUUAAGUGUGCACGUUUAACAAAAAACUGUUUAGUGUUUUUUAACUUUAAGGGCCAUUUUAUUUUCUGUCCGUCUCACCACUGAAGACUUUUAAAGACUCAAACAAUCAUGAACUUGUUUUUAAAAAAAAAAAAAAAAGUUUUUCAUGUAUCUUCAGUCGGUUCUUUCUGUCUUCCUCUGAUAGGAUAAGUGAUAUGUUUUAACACAAAUACUGGAGGCAGAGGCCAAACUGUGUGAGCCUAGCUUGUCAAAUUGAUGCAAGGCAUUGUGGGAAAGGAAGUCCAGAGCUGUGAGCAGUUGUAGUCUCUUUUCAGUGUGAAACCAAAGCUCCUCUCUGAUAUUUAUAUCUUUUCCCUGCACUGUACAGUUCAACACCAGCUUUUCAUUGGUUGUUAUUUUUUAAAUAAAGUUGUUUUUAUA